AUGUGCAGGGCUGCUCGAGGACUGGACACUUUUGAGCAUCCCAAAGUUCACGCCGACGACGUGCUCACCAAAGAAGAACAGAUAGGCCUUCUGUACAAAGCCAAACGCAAAUGUGAAGGAAACAUCAAGUCCAGCAGCUCCAACAGAGAUGGGUUUUGCUCACCCGAAUGGGACGGCAUCGUGUGCUGGCCAGAAGGUACCCCGGGCAAGCUGGUCUCCACGCCGUGUCCCGAGUACAUAUACGACUUCAACCACAAAGGACAGGCGUACCGCCGCUGUGACCACAACGGGAGCUGGGAGCUAACCACCACAAACAACAAGACCUGGGCCAAUUACAGCGAAUGCGCCAAGUUCCUGUACAACCAGAGUCACAACAAGGAGGUGUUCCAUCGGCUGUACCUCAUCUACACCGUGGGCUACUCCAUCUCUCUGGGCUCGCUGAUGGUGGCCGUGCUCAUCCUGGGAUACUUCAGGCGUCUGCACUGCACGAGGAACUACAUCCACAUGCACCUGUUUGUGUCCUACAUGCUACGCGCCGUUAGCAUCUUUGUCAAAGACAUUGUCCUUUACUCUGGCUCAGCGAUCGAAGACAUGCACCGCGUCACUGUGGAAGACCUUAAGUCCAUCACAGAGGCGCCCCCUGCUGACAAGACACAGUUUAUCGGCUGUAAGGUCGCCGUGACCCUGUUCCUCUACUUCUUGGCCACUAAUUACUACUGGAUCCUUGUGGAGGGGCUAUAUCUACACAGCCUCAUCUUCAUGACCUUCUUCUCUGAUCGGAAAUACCUGUGGGGCUUCACUCUGAUUGGAUGGGGAGUACCAGCCAUGUUUGUGACAGUGUGGGCCACAGUGAGAGCGACGUACGCAGAUACAGAGUGCUGGGACUUAAGUGCAGGCAAUUUAAAAUGGAUCUACCAGGUGCCCAUCCUGACGGCGGUGGUGGUUAAUUUCGUCCUCUUCCUCAACAUUAUCCGAGUGUUAGCGACGAAGCUGCGUGAGACCAACGCAGGGAGGUGCGACACGAGGCAGCAGUACAGGAAGCUUUUGAAGUCUACGCUGGUCCUGAUGCCCCUAUUCGGAGUCCAUUACAUCGUCUUUAAUGCCAUGCCCUACACAGAGAUCUCAGGCAUACCGUGGCAGAUUCAGAUGCAUUAUGAGAUGCUCUUUAACUCCUUCCAGGGAUUCAUGGUGGCCAUUAUCUACUGCUUUUGCAAUGGAGAGGUCCAGGCCGAGAUAAAAAAGUCAUGGAGCCGUCGAACACUGGCAUUGGACUUCAAACGGAAAGCUCGCAGCGGCAGCAACACGUACAGUUAUGGCCCCAUGGUCUCCCACACCAGCGUCACCAACGUCACAGGGAGGGGCCCCCUGGCUCUGCACCUCACCACCAAACUGGGGCCCCUCCCUGUCAACGGGCACCGUAACCUCCCUGGGUACGUCAAAAAUGGCUCCGUAUCAGAAAACUCCUUACCUUCAUCAGGACAUGAGUUACAUAUUCCCGAAGAGGAGCAGCAACAGCAGCUACCGCAGUCUCGGCUAAAUGAGCUAGAAAAGCCAGCAAUUCUCGUAGAGGAAGAGCGAGAAACAGUCAUGUGACCAAAUGCUGUAAUUCUAUUGGAGGAAAAUAAAACUGGAGCAUUGUUGAAGACAUCUCAGGGUGAAAUGGACACUGCCAGCUGUUUUUGUCCCCAUGAAUCAAGCCGGAGCGUCGGCGUCUGAUGGACUUCCAGACGUUCUCUGAUACAGGGACUGUGUUAUAAAAGAAAUGGCCUUCUGCGAAGGAGUACACUGGCCUAGAAGGGUCAAAGCCGACUAAAAAUCACAAAGAAAAACAAAACUAUAACAGGUUUUCAUAAUCUGACUUGGCUUGGUGGGGGAGAUCCUAUGGUAAAUAUGUUUGUAGUUUUACAUCAGUUGUAAAGGAAAGUUGAAAAGGAAAAGUACAAAAAUACAGGAAGUAGCAGUGAACUUUAAAACAGAAUCCCUCGAAGUCAUCAACACCCAAAACAAGAACACCCAACACUCCAUCUGAUUUACACAUAAAGAAGGCAUUUAUGUAAUCAUAUAAUUAUGUAAUCUGAUUUACACAUGAAGAAGAUAUUUUUGUGGCAGUUUAAGUCCCAUUUCACUAAACAAAAGUGUUAUAUUUAGUUAUUAGCUAUAUUUAUUUGUAUUAGUCUAAUUAUAACUAUAACUUUUGCAUAAUUUAAACAUGCUUUGGUACUUGUUUACAUUAUGGUUGCCAGGUAACAGUUGGAAAUACGUCUAUGUAGGCCUGUCAUGAUCCCAAUGCAACUUAUGGUUCAGUUUAUGAAAGUUGGACAAAUAUUUUGUUUUGGGAUCAAUAUUCAUAUUUAUUAUACACGUAUCUAUAUGAUUUUCAGAUUUGAGGCGCAAAAGUUUGAAUUCUUAACUUGUCUGACUUAUUACAGACUCAGACUUACGACUGCUAUUUAUUUCUUGCAGCUCAUGAUUUUUAUAAUAUUUAAAUCUGCUCUUGGAUUUUUGUGUCAUUGCAGAAAUGAGUUUUAAUAUAUCAAUUAUCAUUUGUGAACUUCAAAAUGUCUUUUUAUGACAGGCCUACCUCUAUGUAUGUCCCAUCUGCUGCCAGAAUCCAACCAGGAAGGCAAACUAUAAACUUCACCAAAAUAAAAAAUAAAUAGAAAUCUAGGCAAGAGUUUUUUUAGUAAAAUCUUUGAUGAGUUCAAGUUUAUUUCUAUUUCAUUUUUAAAAUGACUUGAGCUGAAUAAAGAGCUUCAUAUAAAAGUAAAAAAAAAAACAAACAUAUACAGAUAAAAUGACACAUAGGGAAAGAACAGUUAAACACCUGUAUGUCCUGUGUAGUGUUAAAUGCCAGGGAGAAGAGAUUAUAUAAGAAAAAUAACCAUGGCAACUUUAUUUUAGUGAAAUGAGUCCAGACCAGUCAUAAGGUUCACCCCCGGACUUGUCUGUAAUUGGUGGGUCUGACAGGAACCACUUACAAACAUAAUCUCACAAUAACUGUUUGAAUAACUGCGUCAGAGUCUGGGUGAAGCUGGUUCUUGAGGUUUGAGAGGUUAAGAGCAGAACAGGCUUCAUGUUUUCACCACCUCCGUUAACCUUUGAUGAACAAAAACCCAUUUGUAACUUCAGUAUUAAAUUUUGCUAUAAAACAUCAUUAUAAAACCAUAAUCUGGAAAUGUGCAAAACAAAUCACUUUUUAUUGUCGCCAUAACUAAAUUAAAACAUUUUAUAAUUAUGAAGCCUUUUCCUUUAGAGAAUUAUUAAAGCAAAGAGAACAACUAUGAUCACUGUCAUAAUGUUACACCGGAACAAAAUAAUUUGCCAGAUAUAAGAACUCUGUGAUACACUGCCAUUCCCUUUGUAAUGUUAACAACAAAUAGCAUACUAACACUGCACUUACUGAUUAUUGGACAAUCAAACCAGUGGUGGAACGUAGUAAAGUAAAAAUACUAAAGUAUUGUAAUAAAGUACACAUUUUAGGUAUCUGUCUUUUAAAAAAUCACCACAUUUGAAGCUUUAUAAAACCUCAAAAUCUGUGUGAAAUAGGUGGCCCUCGCCACUCACUCAAGCACACCGGCUCGACAGUGCCACCUAGAAAAUUCAAAAUUUUCAAAUGAAUUGGGAGCCGACUUGCACUUUUCACCCUAGCUCGACGAAAUUCACACCAGUGAUAGAGCUCAUGGAGACAAGCAAAAAAGCAAAGUGCUGCCCUAGGGUGGACAGGAAGUCGGCCAAAAUGAAUCGAACAUCCACCAAUUUUUUCGCUGCAUGUUUUCAAAACGUAUCUAGUCCCAGGUUUUUUAGUCCAAAUGAGCUCAGAUUUCACAUGCCACAUCUAGACACAUGGGGUUUCAUAAAACAUCUACGUUUUCUCCAAACUCCACACGGUUCGCCCAUACACCGCCACCGAAAAACGCCUUAGUUUCCUGUUUUUUCGAUGUCCUCUCACGAUUAGGGGCACUGGUCACCAGAGCUCACAUUCACAUCACAUAUGUGUGAUUGGGGCAUGAAUAGAAUGCAAUAUUAAUUUUAAUCAAAAUGAACACUAUAGCGCCCCCUACCAUGGGGGUGAAGUGCCAACAUUAUCGGAUUCCUACGAAAUUUGGAGAAUAAAUUGGGUGCAAGACGUGGACCUAAAAAUAAUAUUGUGGGCAUAGGUCAUUUUUCACGCUUGGCCACCAGGGGCGCAAAGACUCCAAAAAAAAAACAUUAAAAAAAUUCUUACACGCACAUACAUUGGUCUAGACAGCUGAAAUUCACAUCACACAUGUGAUAUGAGGGUAUUAAUAGAACAUACUAUUAAUUUUUAUCAAAAUGAACACUAUAGCGCCCCCUACCCCAGAGGUGAAACGCCAACAUUAUCCAAUUCCUACGGAAUUUGGGGAACCAAUUGGUGGCAUGAGAAGAACCAUAAAAUUACAUUAUGGCCAUGGGUCAUUUUCCACGGUUGGCCACCAGGGGUGCAAAG